AGCCACACAACUCCACGCUGAGGGGCGGGGCAAGCCGCAUAACUCCACGCAGAGGGGCGGGGCAAGCCACAUAUCCCCACACAGAGGGGCGGGGCAAGCCUCAUAUCCCCACACAGAUGGGCGGGGCAAGCCGCAUAUCCCCACACAGAGGGGCGGGGCAAGCCGCAUAACCCCACACAGAGGGACGGGGCAAGCCUCAUAACCCCACACAGAGGGGCGGGGCAAGCCUCAUAUCCCCACACAGAUGGGUGGGGCAAACCUCAUAACCCCACACAGAGGGGCGGGGCAAGCCACAUAUCCCCACACAGAGGGACGGGGCAAGCCUCAUAACCCCACACAGAGGGGCGGGGCAAGCCGCAUAACUCCACGCAGAGGGGCGGGGCAAGCCUCAUAACCCCACACAGAGGGGCGGGGCAAGCCGCAUAUCCCCACACAGAUGGGCGGGGCAAGCCUCAUAUCCCCACACAGAUGGGUGGGGCAAGCCACAUAUCCCCACCCAGAGGGCCGGGGCAAGCCUCAUAUCCCCACACAGAUGGGCGGGGCAAGCCACAUAUCCCCACACAGAGGGGCGGGGCAAGCCUCAUAUCCCCACACAGAUGGGCGAGGCAAGCCUCAUAUCCCCACACAGAGGGGCGGGCUCUGUAUCCGUUUGAGGCGGCAGGCACUGUAAGUGAAAACUGCCAUUUAUUUUCAGUGCCAGGCAGGAUUGGGUUCUGCUCAGCAGAGACCCUCUGGCGAAAUGGGGAGGGGGGGAAGAGACUUGUCACCGAGCACAUUCUCAUUGCCCCGCCCCGACACCCCGUUGGGCCUGUGCACAUCACGCUCUGCCCCGCCCCCUCCAUGCAGCCAUCUCUCCCCCCUGCUUUUACAGGACCGGGGCUGGCUGCUGUCAGGUAGAGGUGCCAGGAGGGAUCAGACUUUUAGUUCUGCAGACCAGCUCCGUCGCACAGAGACAGGCCUGGUGCUGGGUUGUGUGAGAGUGUCUGUCUAACAGUAGUGAAGACAUUUAGUCCCAGAGACACUUAAACCAUCAAAUCUCACCCAGGGUACCGUGUAGGUCGGUCUAACUUUUUAGACUUCUUGUUUUUUAAAAAUUGCAUUUUGUUUGUUUUUCAUUUCUUUUUUAUUUUCAAUUUUUUGCUUCAUUGUUUUGAAAUAGUCAUUUUUACUCCCAAAGUUGCGAUGCUUUGAUAUGGCUUUGAGAUGGAGAUGUUUUGCGCAGUGUAGUGUCAGGGGCUGUGUGGCAGGCAGUCAUUUUCUGCCAGUGGGGGGGACCAGGCAGAAGGGGAUCCUCAUUGGACUUGGGCAUCCCUGUCCCCACAGGUGCAGGCAAAGGCUUCUGGGAAACGUUGUUCUGGAGGAGUCCCAAACUGCUGACUGCAGGCUGGGGCCUCACAGCCCCCGGGGAGUUGUCAGUCACCACAGUAGGAGGGUGUCUUAAAAAGGCACUGUUAGUUGAAAAGAACUCAGUACUCCGGUCCUUAUCCCUGUGGAGUAUUUGGUCCACUAGUCCUCCUGACUGUUAGUGAAGCUCGUGUGUGCCUGUGUUUCCACUCUCUGGGAGGCCAGUCUCCUCUGUCCUCCUGAAGCCUGGUGCUUGCAUCUGUUGGGACGCUUGUAACGGCCCCCACAGAGUAUGGAAAUCUCUCAUCUCCUCUCUUAUGAUUUGCCAACAGCCCAUGGUAAAACUGAAAGCAAAAGGAAAAAUAAUGGGGUUUGCAGCCAGUUUGAGCGUUCUUAUUAUUUUUUUUACAAAAAAAUGAAGUAAAAUAAAAUGAAUUUGAAAUUGUAAGACGGUUUAAAUGGAUUGGAGUGCAGGGGACCCUUUCAGUGUUUUGUAGAGUUCCGUGGGAGCAUCAUUAUGCAGUUAGUCUCCAUUCAUCCUGUUCCUUCGGUGCCUUAAUGAAACAAUUCUAAAAAAAAGCCCUUAAGAUUCAUGCUAUUUCAGCACCUCUUUCUCUCUCACACUCUCCCUGUCUCACUCUCUCUCUUGCUCUUUCUGUCUCACUCCCUCUUUCUUGCUCUUUCUCUCUUUCUCUCUCUCUCUCUCUGUCUGUCUCUCUCUCGCUCUCUCUACGCCCUUUCAGGCACUAAUGUGUGCAGGGUGUCUCUGAAGCUCCAGCUGAAAGGAGACACACAAUGCGGCCCGCUCUUUCUCUAAUGGCAGACCCGCCGUUCCAGCAGCACCAAGGUGCUUUUUGUUAGAGGCCCUGCCUCCUCAGAGCUAGCUGCAGUGUCCCCUCUCUUUCAAACCGGUGAAACGUUUCCUUCCAUUAUUCAUCUGCCUCUCGAGAGGCCCUUACCCCGGGUGACCUGCGCGGCCUCCUUCCCACCUGCUGUCCGGUCCCCUUAGCCCUGGUGCAGUGCCACCGCUCUGAGAGGUCCAGCCGCCAGACUGCUGCCAUUUGCAGUUAUGUCUGUGGGGUUUGCAGCCUCUACGCAGACAGGUGCCUGAUUUGUGUGGCCCGUAGGUGGUCUAAACCACUGCUGUCACUUUUCAGACUGCGCUCUGACAAAUGAAGCCACAGCAAGGGUUGAAGCCUGGCCCUGGUCUGUGUUUGUGUUUUGCGGGCUGUGUGCACCGGGCCUUUUGGGAGCCUGUUAAAGGAGACGUUCUGUCCAGAAAAUCCGCCACGCAGCCUUUCAAAGUUGCCAAAUGAAUUGCACAUGGAUGCCGGUCCAGCGGCCCGCCUCAGUUGUUAUUUCACCUUGAGGUGAGUUUAAAGCGGGGCUCAGCAAAUUCUGCUUCUCUCAUUACAGCUCUUUAUGAGACCAAAGGGCAGCCUUUGUUUUAUUUUAGUCUCUCUCAUUAAGUGCCAUUAGCGUGCGUUUAUAGGUAAGUGCCAUAUUAGAAGGAGGAAUGCACGUUGACCUUCUUUGUCGAGCUGAGCGGCUAAUUUUGGGGUUUACAUAAAGCUUGUACACAUCCACUUCCGUCUACUUGGGUCUCUUAAGCGUCGCCCAAGAAUGAUUUUGAUGGCCAUUGAAGGCAGAGAAACCCGACUUUGGCAUGAUUUUAUGAGAUAUGAAGGCAAUAUUUGCACUCCUCUCUCCUCCAGCUCAAACACAGCAGUUGUUAUAAGGCCAGUUCUUACUGAACCGCACAGAGCUAUGGGUGAACAACACAAGCUGACUUCUCUGCUCUUUGUUGGUCAGGGAUCAGCUCUUACACUGAGAAUAUAAGAUGAGCAGAGCCUACCAGGACCAUGGAGGCUAAACUGUUUUCACUGUGUUCACCUAAGCUUAAAAUGUUGUUGUUGAGGGCUGUUUAUUGUGGUGUAGAUGCAUGCUGCUUUUAUUUUAAGCUUAUUGACACUAGGCUGGCAGGCAGUGGUAGUGAGAUAGGGGCGCUCAAAAUGGCUGCAAAUUAUUCAUUGUGAUUGCAUUCAUUUUUGAGUACAAGGUAUGCUGCUAUAUAAAUAUUUUUAUUUAAUUUUAUUUAAUUUUUUAAUUUAUUUUUUGCAUGACGAACAUACAAAUGUUUGAAACAGAGUGCAAAGAAAUUUAUUUUUGUCUUUCCUUUUUUCGGUUUAUCGGACUGAUUCUCAGCACCACUGCAUUGUUUUGUUUUCCCCCUUUUCCUUUGAAUUGAUGGUGGGAUAUGAAAUGUGUGAAAAUGGAACUCGCUCUGCCAGUAUUGCACUUUGUUUUGAGAAGUUUUCCACGGUGGGAUUGGGUGCUAUGCUUCAGGGGCGGGGCGGGCGGGGCGGGGGCUGCAGUAUGGGUUCAGGAGAGCGCUGGCUACCCCAGUCAGGAGGGAAGGUGGCCCCCUCUGCAUGCGGGAGGGGCGGAGCUGCACUUCCACAGCCCGCCCCCCCCCCUGCAGGCGGUACCUCUCUUUGUCAUCGGGACAGAGCGGUGGCCCAGCUGAGAUCAGGAGAAAAGAGCAGAACUGAAGAGGAACGGCCAGCCGUCAGUUGGCUCCUUGUGCCUUUAAGAAACAACUGCCAGUCUGUCUGCCUGACUGACCCUGUUUGUAGCUUUGUCAUUGCGCGUGUAGCUGCGUUACAGGAAAAAACAUCCUGCCGCAAACAGCAGCAUUAGUUGUCCUUCAGGUACCAGGACAACGGCAUGUUAUUAACAGCGAGCGCUUCCUAUGCGUUAUUUAAAACUAACCAAUGAGAACGGUGGCUGUGCAAUCUAGGGAUCUUAAUUAAUCUAGCCCACCCACUGAGUCUGUUUGAAGUCUCGUUGCUGACUGUGUGUGUGUGUGUGUGUGUGUGUGUGUGUGUUUCCUAAAGGCACAGAUACUCUAGCUGCUGGGUUUAGCCACAUUGUCUCCAGAGCCCAUACUGCGGUUGGAAGGGAAGGCAGAGCUUGGUGCGGUUUGAAAGCAUUCUUGUACAUCAGUGUGAACCCCAGACCCUCUUCCACUUUGGGUUCCGUUUCAGAACAGCCGUAUCUUCACCUGUCAUUCACAUUGCGCCACUUCUGAGCACGCAGUAUUCUGUCCUCAGUAAACACUGGCCAGUUUCCAUCUUGAAUGAGAAGAUAAGGCAUUGCAUCCUUUUCUGUGCGGUGGUGUAGUAACAAGAUUUUAAGUAAAGUUAAGUAAGAAGUUAAGUAAAGAAACUUUGUUGUCAGAUGUGUAGAUGGUUAGGUCUUUGUGCCUUUGAGAGAUCUCAUGGCCUGUUCGAGUUAAUUUGUUUUGUAAUCACAAGGAAAUAGGACACCGGUGCUGCUGCUGUGUUUUCUUCAAAUCUCCUCAUUUUACCCAUGAAAGGGGGACUCUUCUGGCAUCAUGGUCUGAAGAGAUAUUCCAUUUUACCGUCUGACUAAACGCUGCCUAUUUUCCAUGAGGCAUUGCAGCUUUUCACCAUAUCCUCUUCUCAGUUCUCUUUCUCGUUCUGUCCAUCUUGUGGUUUCCUCUCCUAAUCUCAUUAUUCAUUAAAAUAAAACAAAUACUCAUUUGAUAUAUGCACAGAGAUCCAUUUGCCUAGCUCACACCAGUAUCUAUGCUGAUGCGUUAGGAAUAGCUUAUAGAGAAGUAAUGCUGUCAUCCUGGAAGAUGGAAACUCAAGAAAUUACAAAAUGGUGUAAGAAGAUUAAUGUAUAUACUGUAGCUUUAUGAUAUUCCACUUUUGGGGAAAAUAUGUUUUUAAUGUCCGCAGAAUAUUGAGCAAACUUUUUUACACAUUGUCUCAAUAUUGAUAUUAAUCUUAAUAUUAACUUAUGCUUUGCACAAAUAUGAUCUAUGAAUAUGAGGCAUGGAUUUAUUUAUUUACCAGUUUCUGUGAGCCAGCAACCUCCAUUGGUGUUGCCUGGCAACCACCUGAUUGCUGUUGUUUUUCCCUUUAUUUACAUUUAUCCUGUGGAGGAAGUUGAAGCAAAAGGAAAAGGGCCUCCUUGUAACCUGUCCCAUAGGAAUUGAGCUUUGGUCAAACGUAUAUGUUUACAGUAUAAAGUAGGUGGUGAACCAGAGAAGUAGGAAGUCCAAUUAUAAACACUAGGUCAAGGAUGCCCUUUUGGUGCUGCCCGUGUAUAAACGAGAGUCGUUUAAACAAGGUCAUUGACGUAGGUAGCCGUCCAGUCUUUCCGGCAGAUAAAUAUUCUGGUGUUGAGGUUCUUCCCAGAAGACCCCAGGCCUUUCACCUCAAUGUCCAUCUACUCUUAACAAGGCUUCCACCCCCACGACCCCCUCAGCAGGCAAACAGAGGGCAGCCCUCUUCUCCGUGAGGCUCAAGCCUUUUUAAACAUGAAUAAUUGAUAUCAAUACCUGAUGGAUUCCUACUUUGGUGACAUUCAGAGAGUGCCUGGCUAGCUUAGUCAUUGGUAACAUUUGUUGCGAUAGAGUGCUUCCUGAUAUUCAUUUUAACACGUAUAAAUUAGCGGUGGUAAUUAAUCUUUCGCUUGCUGCUUUGAAUAGGUUAUUUCGAAUAGUAUUGGAAUGGCUUGCUUUAUGCAUUCUGAUGCACUGUCCUCAUGAAACCUCAAAACUGAAUAGGAUUAACCUUUUGCAGAGUAUGUUUUUUGGAAAAAAAAUUACCAAUAGUGAUUGUUGCAUCAGCAAUAGAAUGGUCAGUUAAGAACAUUUUAAUCACGUGAUGAAAUAUGUGAUUAGAAUGUAAAUAACUGAUCAUUCUAAUGCUAAUGUAACAGUCACUGCAGGUAAUUGAAAGCAGCGUUCUAGAACACUGAAUUUUGUGGGGGGGAGAAACAUUUUUUUAAAAUCCACUCUUUGAAGGGUUAAGAGGCUAGAUCAAAAGACAUUUUCUACCAUUUGUUGUAGCUGUAACAAACGCUUAGCCACGCCUAUGCCCAUUUCCCACCCUCUCCAUCCAACUUUCUUUCAUCAACCACAUCCACCACCUGCCAGAAGACUCCCUCUUGUACCCCUCCAGUUGCCCCCCAAUAUCAAAACUUAUACAUCAGUACCUGAUACCUAUAGGAAUGCUUUCAAAAUGUAGACAGCCUUUGCAAAUAAAGCCCCUCUCCUAGUGUCUGCAGUAGAUCUGAGACAGACAGUUAACUGUGGGACAGGGUGAAAGAUUCCCUUUUAAAAAAACGCAUGGUUCCAUUUUCACAGUUUUUUUUCUUUUCAGUUCUUUACAAAAAAGAUAAAUCUUGAAUGAUCAGCUUUUUGUUGCUCAUUCGUUGUCUCGUUUUUAUUCCAGGAAGUUCCCUCUGAAGCAGGGAGUGUCUGCAUAUAAAAUGGUCUGCAGUUCUCUGCUUCAUAGGUCAGAAGCUUGUUUAUUCUGUUUCUGUGGCUACGCUCAGUCCCAUCUAAAUUGUCUGAACUUAUGAAAUAUGAAAAAAGCUCCAAUUGGCAUGCAUCAUCUGACACAUGAUAAUCUGCAUUUGGUCUGAACUUUCAUGAAUUUCAAAUUAACUAUCUAGUUUUUAAAUAUUUAUACUAUUGUUGUAAAAUGCAUUCAAAUCUCAACCUGAAACAACAAGUUGUGGUCUGAAUGCUUCUAUUUUUUCCGCAGUUAUUUGUCGUAAAAUUUCAUAAAGCUGUCACUUUCUGUUGAGGCAAGCUCUCCAUUUUUAAAGGCAAAUUGAACUUAAAUGCCCAAAUUUUUCCAUAAGUGCACACGUACAAGUAGAAAACACAAAACACACAGACACACACACAUGCACACCCCCACACACACACACACACACACACACAAACACCAAUUAUGAUGCAAAAUGAAGUGGAAAAAAAGACUAAUUAAAAAUUGGGAGACAAAAAAACGUACAAAACGAACAAAAAAAAGAAAAAGAAUCAAUGCUGAAAGAUUUCGCUGCUUGAAUGGGACUGCUAGCCAAUGCUGGGGGAGGAGCCUGUACUCACUGUGCGAUUGUACACACCGCAGAUGCCACCUCCGCGUCCUCUUCCAUGUCCGUGGGGGGUCCCUGCAGUGCUUUUCCCGCCUCUUCCAGCCCCACCAUGCACUCCUCUACCUCAGUCACUGACCGGGCCUCCGCUCACAACGGCUGCUCUUCUGGAGAGGGGGUAAGUAGCCAAGGGGCGGCGGAAAUACUCGGCGUGGAUGGAAGGCUCUCGGGAUCCGGCGGGUGCGUCGGCGUCGAUGGUGGUGGCGGUGGUUGCCAGGCCGAUGGCAGCGGAGGAGGGGCUGGCCUGGUGGGAGGCGGAGUCGGAGGCGGAGCCGGAUCCGGGGCCCAACAGCAGCAGCAGCAGCACCUGCAGACGACGCCCUCCAAGCGGCGGACGGUGCUGAACAUCUCGCCCCCGCCGGAGGACCUGCUGGACGACAGCCGCAUGUCGUGCCAGGACGAGCCCCUCCAGGACUCGGAGCAGAGCGGCGGCCUCUGGGUGGAAGACUCGGCCUCCAACUUCAGCCUGGUCAGCUCCAGCUCCUACAACGACAACAGCGAGGUGCCCCGCAAGUCCCGCAAGCGCACCCCGCGCCAGCGCCCGGGGCCCAAGCCCGCCGCCGCCCAGGACGCCAGCAUGGACGUGUUCGACGCCGACAGCGCCAAGGCGCCCCACUUCGUCCUCUCCCAGCUGGGCCCGGACAGCAAGGCCUGCCCCAAAGGAAGCCUGGCGGAGGCCCCGCAGACGGGUGGCCAGAAGGGCGGGGCGCUGUCGGUCCAGUACCCGGUGAAGGCCGAGGGGAAGGAGCUGAAGAUCCUGGUGCAGCCGGAGAGCCAGCACCGCGCCCGCUACCUGACCGAGGGCAGCCGGGGCUCGGUCAAGGACCGCACGCAGCAGGGCUUCCCCACCAUCAAGCUGGAGGGCGUGAGCGAGCCCGUGGUGCUGCAGGUGUUCGUGGGUAACGACGCGGGGCGCGUCAAGCCCCACGGCUUCUACCAGGCCUGCCGAGUGACGGGCCGCAACACCACGGCCUGCAAGGAGGUGGACGUGGAGGGCACCACGGUCAUCGAGGUGUGCCUGGACCCCAGCAGCAGCAUGACCCUCGCGGUGGAUUGUGUGGGGAUCCUGAAGCUGAGGAACGCAGACGUGGAGGCCCGCAUCGGGGUGGCGGGUUCCAAGAAGAAGAGCACGCGGGCCAGACUGGUGUUCCGGGUCAACAUCCCUCGCCCAGACGGGUCCAUUCUCACCCUACAGACCCCGUCAUCCCCCAUCCUCUGCACCCAACCCGCGGGGGUGCCCGAGAUCCUGAAGAAGAGUCUCCACAGCUGCACGGUGAAGGGCGGAGAGGAGGUCUUCCUCAUCGGGAAGAACUUCCUCAAGGGAACCAAAGUCAUAUUUCAGGAAAAUGCGUCCGAUGAGAAGUCUUGGAAGGCCGAGGCUGAGAUUGACAUGGAGCUGUUUCAUCAGAAUCAUUUGAUCGUGAAAGUCCCUCCAUAUCAGAACUUGGGGAUCUCCUCGCCCGUAUCCGUGGGGAUCUAUGUGGUAACCAAUGCUGGGAGAUCCCACGAUGUGCAGCCCUUCACCUACACUCCAGAGCCAGCAAAUACGGUGGACAUUUACAUCAAGAAAGAGGCUCCACCCCCAGCGAAGCCAUGCACGUUUGAAGGACAGAUUAAAGUAAUCCAGAGCAGUAGCUGCUUGGACAGUGCCUUGAUGAGUCCCAUGAUGCCCCUGGUCAAGAGGGAAGAGGUCACUCCCAUGGAGGUAUCCAACACCCCCUCUGCAUCCAAUGUCUUCAAGCCGACCUCGGACAUCAUUGGGUCACCCCAGCAGUCUCUGGAAAUGAGCUCCAGCGCUCCCCCCAACCCCAGCCCCUAUCCCAGCCCCAUGACCCGCCCGCCCGGAGACCAGGAACCGCCGCAAGGCGUGGUCUACGCCAGCGCCGAGCCGUUGAGCACCAUCCAGAAGCAGGACCUGGCGGGCGCCGGCUCGUUCCCGGGGCCCGGCGACGCCCUGCUCCAGCAGGUCCCGCAGCAGUUCCUCCAGGACGGGGUGGCCCAGCUGGAGAGGGCCGUGCGCCAGCUCCAGGCGGGCGGGUUCGGCUCCUCGGCCUCGGGGGCGGGGCCCAGCCUGGUGGAGCAGGUGCUGGAGGCCGCCGCCCAGCAGCAGCUGAGCUCUGUGCUGUUCAGCGCCGCCCCCUCGGCGGACGGCGCGGAGGUGCAGGAGAUGCAGCAGGCGGAGAGCUCCAUCGCCACGCAGCAGCAGCAGCAGCAGCAGCAGCAGCAGCAGCUCCAGUCGGAGCUCUUCCAGUGCGGGCUCUUCCAGGCCGGGUCCCGCAGCGGGACCCCCGAGCAGCAGGGCUCCCCGCAGGCCAUGGUGCAGAGCCACGCCACCCUCUUCCAGGCGUCAGAAGGCCUGCUCCACAGCGCCCCCCAGCAGCAGCAGCAGCAGCAGCAGCAGCAGCAGCAGCAGGCCGCGCUUUUCCAGCAAGCCGAGGAGCUGCUCUCCAUCCAGACCUCCUCCUUCCUCCAGCAGCCCCCCUGCCACCCCUCCCCGCCCCAGCAGCUGUUCCACAGCCCCAGCCCUUUGGACGAGGCAGCGGACCCGCAGGGGGCGCUCUUCCAGGCCACCCUGACCAUGCUGACGGGCUCCUCCCUCUCGUCCCCGGAGCAGCAGCCGUCUGGCCCCUCCCUGUUCCUGCCCGACGCCGGCCAGCAGACGGCGUUCCUCACCCCCAUGCAGACGGCGCCCUCCGAGCGGCAGCCCGCGCCCCAGCCGGCGAAUCCUCAACCGGGGCCCCCGCCCGCGUUCCAGAACCUCUCCCCCCACACCGCGGCCAGCGCCCUCCCGCCCCCCCAGCAGCAGCAGCAGGCCGGGCUCCUGUACUGCAGCGACGGCCGCGGGGGCCGCGAGCAGCCGUCCGGCCUGCUCUUCAGUGGCCAGGCCCCCGGCGCCCCCCCGCAGGAGCCCCGCGGCGCCCCCCUCCUGUUCUCCCGGGCGGGCGCCGUGGAGGCCUCCGAGCCCAUGUCCUUCCAAGACCAGAGCUCGGAGGCGGGGGCCCAGCCGGGGGGCGACGGUCCCCCGCAGGCCCUGUUCCAGGACCAGCAGCCCAUGCAGGUGGGGCCCAGCUCCGGCCCCGCCUCCGAGCAGCCCGUGAGCCUCUUCAUGUCCCAGACGGCCAUGUUCGCGGCGCAGAACGGCGUGGCGGGGCUGCAGACCAGCAGCUCCUCCCCCGUGCAGCAGCAGCCCGGCUCGCUGUUCCAGACGGCUGUGAGCGGGACCCUGAGCCAGCCCGGCCAGACCGAGCAGACCAGCCUCUUCCUCUUCGGGAUCCAAAACGAGUGCGGCCAGCUGAUAAACUCCACCGGCCCCAUGCUGUCUGACCAGCUGAUCGCCAUCAGCCAGUCGGGCCAGAGCCAGCGCGAGAGCGACGCCCAGAUCCAGUCUCUGCUGGGCCAGUCCCUGUCCGAGUCCUCCGGCGCCAUGCAGGGCGGCCUGAGCGCCUCGCAGAACAUGGAGAAGAUCGACGACCUGCUGACCAGCCUGCAGGAGCAGAGCAACACCCUCUCCCGCUCCUACUAGGGGGCUAAGGGACUUGACGGGACUCGGGCGGUGGUCUUGUCGGGUGCCGAGGAACACAACGGUGUCCCCAGCCAACCAGAAUCCCCAGCAGGACUCCAGAACUUUCUGUUCAGUUUUAAUAUUUUAAUGUUGCAGCACUGCCCCCUAUCAGCCAGCGCUGGGGCGCGGAGUAGAAGCCCCAGAGGUUUUCCGUUUAGCUUGCCUUGUGGCAUGGCUUCGUGGCGCAGCCUUCUCUGGUUAGGCCUCAGCACAGAUUGAAGUCCUGUGUUUGGUGAAAUAUCCGCGACGCUCUAAAAAGCAUUUCUCAGCCUCGUAGGCUGUCAGUGAGCACACGCACAUCCCGAGAUCUUUUUGGCGGUACACCGCGUCGGCUUGACUGGGCUGUGAAGCUCAGUUUGUGUGUCUCUUUCGCUUUUUAAAACAACACUUUUGGUAAAUGUAAACAAAACCUGUACAAAUUGAGAAAAGUAGACCUUUGUAAGAAUGUUUUUGACCUUCUACGUUCAGCACUUUAUAAAGCUCUUCUUUGUGACAAGUUGCUCCUUAUAUGGGCAUAUAGCUCUCCAUGGUCUCUGAAGUCCGUUGUGUAUGUGAAUUUGAAGAGACAGAAAAACGUAUAAAGCUGUAUUGUUAUAUGAAUUUCUCUGCCCUAUUUACUGUACAUAGUUCUAUUUUCUUGUAUGUCUCUGAGUCAUGACUAAGAUUUUAUAUGGAGUCCAUUACACUCCUUGUGCCACCCAACUGUCCCUUUCCUCUCCUGUUCCGAGCUCAGAUGUUUUUCACCUUGUGCAAUUGGCAUUUGUGAUAAAAAAAGGUGAUGAAGCUAAAGGGGAGUGUUCACAGGAGGAAAAAAUCAGACCAAACAAUUUGCCAGGGUUCCCACUUUUUGAAAAUAUGUUAAUUCUGGGAAAUGAUGGAAAGUAAUAUUGUAAUAUUCCACUGGCCAAAGGAAGAAAACUGUUUAUUGUGAUCAACAUGCAUCCGUCUUUCUUGCUGACACACUAGCUUCAGGUCAUGUCCUAUCAAAUACAGCAUCUGUGUGCUCAUAAUGUUAACAAAUUUCUAACUGGUUUGUAAGUUAAUUACACUCACAAAAGUACCGUAGUAGUAAUGUGAAUUAGUGGACUUAAAGUCUGUGUCUGCCUCGCAAAAGUAGCCCAAUAUCGCAAAGUAGCCAUGUCAAUUGCACUACAAACAAAUCUGGGGUAAUUUGCCAUUAUAAAUGGAAAAUGUAAAUGAAACUUCAGUGGGAAGCCAGAGUUUAGGCCACUCAAAAAAAUAUUCAUCAUUACGUUUGGUUUGAAUGUAAGUCUGUCUUUGAACAUGCUGUGGGCAUAAUGAUGACAACUUGUGUGACAAUGGGGUCAUAAACCAGCAUGUUCUAUUGGGAUAAAUUAAGACGUGUUAUACUGUGUUAAGUACAACUGUACAUACUUUUUUUUGUGCUAGUUCAUGUGAUGUUCUCAGAGCGCCUGGAGCUUGUGUGGUCAGUGGGCAUUUGGGAAUUGGAGAGCCCCAGUGUUACCAGUGGAAAAGGAAAGGAAGCCGCUCUUUUGCAUAAUUUGUUUUUAACGUUUAUUUUCGGUCUGUAUCUUACCGUGAAACACGGAUCUCCACAGGGUAGGUGGAGGCUUAUUGUACGUCAUUGACGGCAACAUUACUAUUUGCAUACGAAGGCCGUAUUGUCCAACGGUGACCAUACUGUGCGAUAUAGAGCGUGUGCGAAUGUCUGUAUACCGAUGUCUGUGGAUCUCUGCGUUGGCUCCCCCUCUGGUUGAUCCUUUAGGUGAAGCUGCGGGGGAGGUGGGAGUGGGAGAAGAGGGGCGGCUCAUGUUAACAGUUACACUGCAGAUAUGAACACGUCGGGGCGCGCUGGAAAGCCGCCAAACCGGACUUUUGUUUACUAUGCUCUGGCAGUGCACAUACGGGACCGUCUGUACCUGACUGGAACAAGGCCAGGUCUCAUCUUGUGGGGGGUUUUUUUUUUGGGUUUCAGCACCCAAGUGUGUCUCAAGUGUGGCAGAAUCUUAUUGCUGCCAUUUUAAUCAUUUUAAGUGGUCAUCAUCACCCUUCUCCGUUUAAUAAAGGGACAGUGGCGUGCAGCGUGGACUGUGGUGGUUUUGGUGUUUUAAAGGGACCCUCUGCUGCAUGCGCUCUGGGGCCGCUGGGGUAAACACUAUGCGGUCGUUUAGGGCCAAAACCAUCUCUGGGCCGCAGGUUUUAGGGCUGGGUGUGACUGGUGUUGGAGCACCACAACAACAUUCUUUUUUUCGGACCACCAAAACCCUAGGGCCUACUCUGGCGAUUAGCAGUCUUUAACUUGUCAGUUAGUCAACACUGUUGUUGUGAUCUGCCACAGAUUUUUAUGUGAAAUUUUGAACUUUUGGAAUGUGUUUUAAUGUUUAUUUUUUUAGUUUAACUGUUAUUUUUGUGGGAGCUAAGCAGAGAAAAACAUAUCAGGUUAAUUAGUAUUCGUGGUACUGUCCCUGUUCUUACCACUUUAGCAAUUGGCUUUUUUAUAUAAACUUCUCUUCCUCUACUAUAAAUGCCCUGUUGGCAGUGGGGUCUCAUGAUAAUCUCAGUCUAUUCAGCACAUUCUUUUUAAUCUUUUUAAUUGUACCCUGUACUUUAUACUAUGAUGUAAAGAUACAGAUGAACUUACGUAGCUUUCUUCAUAUAAUUUAUAUUGUUACAUUAGAUCCAUUAUGAUACAAGAUAUAUUUGUUCCAAGCUAAGCUGUAACAGCAGUUGGAUAAUCAGUGUUUCGUUUGUGGAAUCCUGACCCCUUUACUGUCAGUACUAGAGCUUCGAGAACUGCUUGUAGACCGAUAAAAGCACAGGAUGCUAGUUCAGGCAAUGCCAAACAUGAAGCCAUACAUACAGAUAAAAUAUAAUCCAUGAAAUACUGAUUUAAACAAAAUGUGUAUACGUUACCUCAGUUGGUGUAGGUUGCGCGCACACAGCUGCUACAUAUGAUGCCGGACCAAUUUAAGUAUAUUUAAAACGGAAUUUGGACAAGUUUUAUUUGUACACAAAGUUUAUUUUUUUCCAAACUCAAGCACUGAGUUACAAUUCUGUUUUCCAGUUUUAAUGUUUAGUAAACAACUUGUUUAUGAGGGGGCCAAUUAAAUGCCUUUUGUUAAUUCUUUGAAUGGAGGGAGGGGAACAUUUCUGUAAAGCAGUGUUUCCCAACCGGUGUGCCGUCAUGCAAGGUCAGAUGUGCCGUCUGAAAAAUCCUUUUAAAAAAUUUUCGAAGUUCAAAUGAAUUUCAAAACAAGUGAACAAGUCAUAAACAAAGCCCAAAUAAAUGUCAAUAAAAUGCAUAUUGCUUAAAUAAAAUCCCCAAAAGUACAUUUGGGCCUACUGUUGACACGCCCCAUCAAGGUCUGUAUAUUGCUCGCUUUUGAGAGUGGUGUGCCAUGAGUUUCUGUUCAUUUGUAAAGUGUCGUGGAAGGAGAAAGGUUGGGAAAUGCUGGUCUAGAAGGCCAUGUUUAUUUUUUAUGUUUUUUUUUUUUUUUUUUUACUUUACAGAAUUACACCUGGGAGGGAAAUCGCAUGUGUGCACGAUUACAGCCUCACAUGGACCAUGUAACUUGUUUUACGAGCCAGAUUAACCAAUUAUAAUACAACUUGAAAUUUACAUGUUGGAAGAAUGUUCAGCGGGUACCAGUCAAUAUCUUUUUUUUUUUUUAAUGGAGGAAGAACAUGUGCCUUGACAACUUGCAUUUAGAACAGAAACCCUGUUUCUGUACAUAGCUGCCUGUUAAUGUUCACAAAUGGUACAGCUGUCAGUAAAGGUUGUCUUUUGUUAAUGACUGUCAAACCAUCAGACUUUGGUGUUGCAUUAGGUUCACUUCAAAAUAACUCAAAAUCAGUGACUAGAUGAGUGUAUAGUUUCCUGCAUUUUUGUCGACUUUUAAUCAAAACCAUCCAUUGCAUUUAUGUUGUGAAACUUAAGUGCAAUUGAAGUCUUGUCUCAAACUGCUAUGCAGCUUGACUCAGUAUAACUGUAAAUCUGUUACCUUUAUCUUUUCUAAAAAAAGAAAUUAUAUUUAGCCUCUUGUGAUUUUAUUCAUUAUGAGGGAAAGGGGAAAAUGAUAACUAAUUAUUAUAAUUAUUUAUGUAACUUAAAAAAGCUUUUUCUUUUAUGUGGCACCAAGGAGAUUUUCUGCAGAGUGUUUGUGUUAAAGGACUUUGUUGACAUCAACAAGAUGAUAUAUUUUACUGAAAUUUUAAAGAUGGGUGUCACCAGCUUUUUUAUUUUAAGUAUUAUGAGUUAGCCAGACAGUUUACAAAAACAUUCCUUAUGUGUUUUAGCUGUCUGACCAUCUGUGUGAAAGCUUGCUUUGAAACCAGUAAAUGUGUAUUUUGUUUCUUGGUUUUGUGUUGACAUAUAGCACUGACAUGGGUUGGGUGUAGUUUGUCUGUGUUUUUAGCUACAAUGUGAACAAAUUUUUAAUAUUUGAGUUUACAGUAUAAAUCUAUUAAAUAUGUUUUUUUGCUUUUGUCAGGACAUUUGUAUACCUGUAAUUAUGUUUCUGUCAACUUGAUGCUGUCAAUAUAUCAAUAAAAUAGAUUUUAAGUUGA